UAAACCAUAAUUGACUCUCUCUCUCUCUCUCUCUCUCUCUCUCUAUCAGUAUCACUCACACUGCUUCGUCUGCCUCGCGGAAUCCAACUGGCCUUGGACUCUAACGGUCGAAACGCCGGCCUCUGACGUCGUUUGGUUCUGAGAGAUCCCAUCUGGUACAGAACUUUAAUGUGCUGCAGUUAGCAAUUUCUGCCGAAGAUACACACAUGAAGAAGCUCUUCUUUUUCAGAUCUUCUGCUUCUAGCAAUGGAAACAACAAAUCCCCUCCAUCAACUGAUAAGCAAGUAUACUGGGAAAACCCAUCAGAAAAUGGAAGUCAAGUUGGGGACAUUGCUGAUAAUAGUUUUCAAAGCCCUAAAGGAUUCUUUUCUAAAUCUCGAAAGCAGGUCUCUGCUAACAAGAAUUCCAGUGAGAGUCCAGGCCUUAGAAGGAGCCGGUCAUUAUCAUCAGCAGCCUUCCUUGUAAGUGAGCCAGUGCAAGCAGAAUUUUCUUCUGCGAGAUAUCAGAGUAGAUCUCCUUGUAGUAGUACAAGUAGUAUUCCUCAUCGACAAUGUGGCCAAUCAUCUUGUUGUCGGACUUUUACCCCUGAGAGGCAUCAGGCUAAAGAGUUAGAAGUUCCAGCUGUUCAAAACACACACGGAUUAGAACGACCUGGUUCUGCUGGUUCUCCUAGAAUACAGCAUGGUUCGUCAGGGAGCUCUUCUACUUGCUCUAGUAAUGUCUCAUCCAAAGUUUUGGACCGCUAUAUAGACGGAGAGCAGGAGGAAAGGGGCAGACAAGAGAACAAUUCUUCCCAUAGAAACUUCAAUGGGAUUGGAAACGGUGGUGGAUGGCGCCCUCCGCGAGUUCAGAUUACAGCCCCCAGUUCACCCAGGGCUCAUUCAUUUAGAGAGGCCAAAAGUUCUCGUUAUCGUCUAUCAUCCAAAGAUUGGGUCGAAAAUGGAUUUGGUCAUGAAUCUCCCAGGAGACUUGCAAAGAAUGUUGUGGAGAGGCUAUCACAGUCUCAAGUCAUGCAGCCAUCACAUGCAAAGGAAUUUGACCAUGACAUCCCACUCACCAUUGAGGAUAUAUAUGGUAGACCAGACCUGGUAAGCCAGAAAACUUACCCUUUGGACGAACCUUAUGACACAAUUAGUAAAUAUCAUGGGGAUGAUUACUCGAGCUUGCAGAAACAGUUCUAUGGAGAGAAGUGUAAUGGUUUAAACUCUGAUGAGACUGGAGAGGACCUGGAUGUGGAAUUACAAAGAAGACUGGAGGAAGCUGAGGAGAAGGUCAUGCUUCUGUCUGAAGAACUUGAGCAGGAAAGCUUUCUUAGAGAUAGUGGGUACAAUGUGCCAUCACUGAUUCAGACAAUUAGAAACCUAACAGAGCAGAGAAUCAGCUUUGCACUUGAGGUUUCAAACCUUCUUCAAUUACGAAUUGCUGAGAGGGCCUCUGCCAAGAAAGAAUUGAGACUGGCAAACGCAGAACUUGAGUCUCGAACCAGAAGACUAGAGAAGGAGAAGAAUGAGUUACAGUCAGCAUUGGAGACAGAACUAGAUCGAAGGUCAACUGACUGGUCACUCAAGCUGGACAAAUAUCAGUCGGAAGAGCAGAGGCUUCGUGAAAGAGUUAGAGAGCUUGCAGAGCAAAAUGUCUCGCUUCAGAGAGAAGUUUCUUCUUUUAAUGUGAGGGAAACUGAGAGUAGAAAUUUCAUAACAAAUGCAGAGCAACAGCUUAAGGGGCUCACUACUAGGAUGGAGGAAAUGAGAGAGGAGAAUCAAGGCCUACAAGAAAAUCUCUCGGAAUUGCAAGAGAAGUACAGAGCAUCAGAGGAAGAUCGUGUUUGUCUCCAUAAGAAUUUUGAAAAGAGGGAUAAGGAGUGCAAGGAUUUGCAUAAAUCCAUUACAAGAUUAUUAAGAACCUGCAGAGAACAAGAGAAGACAAUUGAUGGGUUGCGUGAAGCUUUUAGUGAGGAGUUCGGGAAAAAUCAAUCAUCGGAGAGGUUUGACAAGCAUGUUUCGAAAUUGCAGAUGGAGCAAAUGAGGUUGACAGGAGUAGAACUGGGUUUAAGGAGAGAGUUGGACUCUCAAAGGCUUGAAGUUGAUUCUCUUAGGCAUGAGAAUAUACACUUGUUAGACCGUUUGAGGGGCAAUGGGAAAGACAGUGGUGCGUUAACUUUCAAGCUAGAUAAGGAGAUGUGGGCGCGGGUCGGCUGCUUGCAAAAUCAAGGGCUAUCACUCCUAAAUGAGAGCUCCCAGUUGUGUUCAGAUUUUCUGGAAUUUGUCAAAAGAAAAGCAGGCCAUCUCCAAGAAGCUAAGAAGGGUCUGGAUGCACAAUUUUUUGUUGAAUCUGAAAUGAAAGUGCAGGGGUUAAAGCGUGGAACUGAAAGCUUAACCAGAAGUUUGCAGACAAUGUCUGCUUUGUUCCAUGAAAAGUCCAGUCUGGCUGCAUCAAAAUAUCAAUCUAAGUGCAUGGAUGCUGACGAAUCAGGACAUUCAAAUGAUCAAAUCCCAGAGGACGAUAUGAGAUAUAAGCUUCAAUCAGAAACUAUACUUACAAGUUUACUAAGAGAGAAGAUACAUUCUAAAGAGCUGGAAGUUGAGCAGUUGCAAGCUGAACUAGCUGCAGCUGUAAGAGGAAAUGACAUCCUUAGAUGUGAAGUUCAAAAUGCAAUGGACAACCUUUCCUGUCUCACCCACAAGUUGAAAGACGUUGAACUACUGAUGCUCAAGAAGGAUGAUAACAUAAACAAGCUUCAAAGUGACCUCCAAGAAUCUACAAAGGAAUUAACAGUUACACGAGGGAUGCUGCCUAAAAUUUCAGAAGAGAGAGAUAUGAUGUGGGAGGAGGUGAAAAAGUACAAUGAGAAGAAUAUGCUGUUGAACUCGGAGGUUAAUCUGUUGAAGAAGAAGAUAGAGACCCUUGAUGAGGAAGUACUCUUCAAAGAAGGCCAGAUUACAAUCCUGAAAGAUACAUUAGGGAACAAACCGUUUGAUCUUCUAGCGAGUCCUGAUAAUACACGAGAAUUUCUGGUUCGAUAGUUCUCCAAGAUCAGGUUUAGGGUUCGUAAUCAACUUGUUCAUAGUCCUAUACCCCUCAAGUUUGUCUUGUGAGAUUGUAUACCUGUCCUUCAUUUUCUUCCUUGAUAGAGUAAGAAGUGAAGAACAGUUCAUCAUUCGUUUGUAAUUACCAAUCUUUACAGUUGGUUUAGCUGCUUGAAUCAAUCAAACAAGCAUGUUAAUGAAUCUCAUGCUUUGCAGUCCA